UGAACGCUAAAACCAAAUCCCUCUCUUCUUUCUCUCUCCAACUCGAUCUCCAUCUUUCUCUCUCCUCUUCAUGCAUCUGUCAUCUCCGUCGCCAACUCCGCCGUAUCCUCCUUCGUCAUCGUCUCCGCGCAACCGCUUCAACAACCAUCCAGGCAGGCGUCUCCUCCCACUCGCCACCCUCUUUCACUCGAAUUUGAACUCGGACUCGAACACUAGAGCUAAAUCUCCACAAGGUUUAUGAAUGUAUGUGAGAAAUGGGAUCCCGUGGGAGGCUAUUAUUUGAUCUUAAUGAAACCCCCGUGGAGGUUGAUGAAGAGAUUGAUUUUCCAUCUGGUGUCCUGCCUCAAAAAGUUCUCCCUUCUUUAAAUUCCUGCACGUCUGAUCUUCUUGUGUCAUCAGUUGCUCCAACCAGCAUUGUAAAUAACAAUGCCUUCUCUCAUGCUUCUUCCGUUUCCGUUUUUCAACCUUUUGUCAGAAUAAAGGAGUCCGGAUUAGAUAGGAUUGUUGAUCAGCAAAGGGCUAGAGAUAUGGACUGUAAUACUUCAUUGCCUGAGGUAGAUGAGAAUAGUGAUAGGAAAGAGGUGAUGAAGGUGAAUUCAGGCAAUAUUUAUGCUCAGGUUAUCGAAAAAGAAGAAGGAGAAUGGUCCGACGGAGAAUGUUCUGAGCCCCAUGUAAGCCAAAGGAUGGAAGAUAAUUCAUCUGCCAGUGGCAAUAAAGACUUAAAUGAGCAAGGAAUCCCUGAUGUUGCAGCAAAUAAUUCUUCUUCUGGGACGUCGUUGAAGAAAAAUUCCCGUGAUUCUAGUCCUGCUGAUUCUAGGAAAAUAAAACAUGAUUAUGCUUCAGCUAAACCAGAUACAUUUCCAAAUGAUAUAACUGGUGGCACCAGCCAGAAUAUGAAUGGAAAUGCUGAACGCAAUACAUCCGUUGAUUUUCAGGGAGAUUCAGAGUCAGUCUCUAAACAAAAGGAAGUCAAAGGAGCUGAAGCGAUCCAUGCUUUGAAAUCUGCUAAUAGUCUAGGUAAACACAAGCUUGAUGAGCACAAAGAAGCAAUGUUGGGGAAAAAGAGGAGCCGUAAAACAAUGUUUUUAAAUAUAGAAGAUGCUAAACAAGCUGGUGCAGUAAAGUCAUCAACUCCGAAGAGACAGACAGUUCCAACACCAAGCAGCACUCGUACGGUCAAGGGAUCCCGAAAUGCACUUUUAUCUGCAGAGCGAAAUGGAGAAAAGCAAAGCGAGCCUGCGAUCAGGGAUCAGAAUCAGGUGGAAUUGUCAUGCAAUGAAGAAAGUAAUCCCAUGGAACCUAUUGAUCGUAAAUCUGAAUCCAACAGUGAUGUGAAUGCAGGGCUUCUAGCUAGGCCUAGAAGACUAAAUAGUUGUAACGAUCUGUCGACAGAGGGAAACACCAGGCAUAAUUUGUGGAAACAACCUACUGAUCCGAGGCAGUUUAAGGAUCCACAGACCCAACCAAGGAAGCUAGCUUCAAGUAGUCAUGGCUCAGGUUUAGUUGAUGUAAAACAAUUAAACAAAAAAAAUCCUCCUAAGAGACAACUUGUGACCAAUCACCAAUAUCAAGAUACUUCAGUGGAGCGUCUCUUACGAGAGGUGACUAGUGAAAAGUUUUGGCAUAAUCCAGAGGAAUGUGAGCUUCAGUGCGUCCCUGGUCGGUUUGAAUCGGUGGAAGACUAUAUCAGAGUUUUUGAGCCUCUGCUUUUUGAGGAAUGUCGAGCACAGCUAUACAGCACAUGGGAGGAAUUAACCGAAACAUCUGCAAGAGACGCACAUGUGAUGGUCCGUGUGAAAUCUGUUGAAAGGCGAGAAAGAGGAUGGUACGAUGUGGUAGUUCUACCUGCAAAUGAGAACAAGUGGACUUUUAAAGAAGGUGAUGUUGCAGUUCUUUCCUGCCCAAGGCCUGGUUCAGCAGUCAGAUCUAGGAGAAACAGUACUUCAUCUGCUGAAGAAUAUGAAGAGCCCGAAGGGAGUGCUCGUACUGUUGGUACAGUCAGAAGACACACCCCGCUUGACGUUCGUGAUCCUCAGGGUGCAAUACUACAUUUUUUUGUUGGGGGCUCUUAUGAUCCAAAUAGCGCUGCUGAUAGUGAUCAUGUAGUGAAUAAGCUUCAGCCUAGAAGCAUCUGGUUCUUAAGUGUGCUUGGCUCUCUGGCAACAACGCAACGCGAGUACGUUGCAUUGCAUGCAUUUCGUCGGCUAAACGUACAGAUGCAAAAUGCAAUCCUCAAGCCAAGUGCUGAACAAUUCCCCAAAUACCAAGAACAGACUCCAGCUAUCCCUGAAUGCUUCACUCCAAAUUUUGUUGAUCAUCUUCAUAGAACGUUUAAUGAUCCUCAGCUAUCAGCAAUCCAGUGGGCUGCAAUGCACACUGCAGCUGGUACAAGUAAUGGGGUGACCAAAAGACAAGACCCAUGGCCAUUUACUUUAGUUCAAGGUCCUCCUGGGACAGGAAAGACACAUACAGUGUGGGGUAUGCUAAAUGUGAUUCAUCUGGUUCAGUAUCAACAUUACUAUACAGCGUUGCUUAAAAAAUUGGCACCUGAAAGCUAUAAGCAAAAUAAUGAGAGAAAUGCUGACACUGGUUCUGCGGGAUCUAUUGAUGAAGUUCUCCGAAGCAUGGAUGAGAACCUAUUUCGCACUCUACCAAAACUCUGUCCAAAACCUAGAAUGCUUGUUUGUGCUCCAUCUAAUGCUGCUACAGAUGAGUUGCUUGCACGUGUUCUUGAUCGCGGAUUCAUUGAUGGAGAGAUGAAGGUUUACAGGCCAGAUGUAGCACGUGUUGGUGUCGAUACACAGUCGCGAGCAGCACAAGCUGUCUCUGUUGAGCGUAGAACUGAGCAGCUUUUGGUCAAAACUCGUGACGAAAUUUUUGGGUGGUUGCAACAGCUGAGAGGUCGUGAAGCUCAUUUGUCUCGCCAGAUGGCUACUCUUCAGGUGCAACUGAAUUCUGCUGCAGCGGCUGGCCGUUCUCAAGGUUCUGUUGGAGUGGAUCCUGAUGUUCUUAUGGCACGGGACCAGAAUCGUGAUGCUUUAUUGCAAACUCUUGCCGCAGUAGUUGAAGAGAGGGAUAAAGUCUUGGUCGAAAUGUCUCGUCUUCUUAUUUUAGAAGGAAAAUUUCGUUCGGCCAGCAGUUUUAAUUUGGAGGAAGCUCGUGCCAGUCUAGAAACAAGUUUUGCUAACGAGGCUGAAGUUGUGUUCACUACACUCUCAAGUAGUGGUCGCAAGUUGUUUUCACGUCUUACUCACGGCUUUGAUAUGGUUGUGAUUGAUGAGGCAGCUCAAGCUAGUGAAGUAGGUAUCCUUCCUCCACUCGCUCUUGGUGCAGCCCGUUGUGUUCUUGUAGGUGAUCCUCAGCAGCUACCUGCAACAGUAAUUAGCAAGGCAGCUGGAACUUUGCUGUAUAGCAGAAGCCUUUUUGAGAGAUUUCAGCAGGCUGGCUGUCCGACAAUGCUAUUAUCUGUGCAGUAUAGAAUGCAUCCUCAAAUCCGGGACUUUCCUUCAAGGUACUUUUAUCAGGGACGGCUUACAGACAGUGAAAGUGUUACUAGCCUGCCUGAUGAGAGAUACUACCAAGAUCCUUUACUUAGGCCAUAUGUAUUUUUUGAUAUUACUCAUGGUCGUGAGUCACACAGAGGUGGUUCAGUUUCCUAUCAGAAUAUACAUGAAGCUCAGUUCUGUCUUCGUAUGUAUGAACAUCUACAUAAAGCAGCAAAAUCAUUGGGAUUGGGUAAAAUCACUGUGGGUAUAAUAACACCUUAUAAGCUGCAGUUAAAAUGUCUCCAACGCGAGUUUGGGGAUGUUCUCAAUUCCGAGGAAGGCAGAGAUCUGUACAUAAAUACUGUGGAUGCUUUUCAGGGGCAGGAACGUGAUGUCAUUAUCAUGUCUUGUGUUCGUGCCUCCAAUCAUGGAGUUGGUUUUGUUGCUGAUAUACGUCGAAUGAAUGUUGCACUUACUCGAGCACGAAGGGCUCUUUGGGUUAUGGGGAAUGCUAAUGCUCUGAUGCAGUCUGACGAUUGGGCAGCUUUGAUUACUGAUGCAAAAGCUCGAAAAUGUUACAUGGAUAUGGAUUCGCUUCCUAAAGAAUUUUUGAUAACUAAAGUACCUCCUUACAAUUCUUUUUCUAGUAAGUUCUCUUCUGGUGCUAGGGGCUCACGCCCAGGUGGUCCACGACCUAGGUUAUUUGAUUUGCAUAUAGAGUCCAAGUCUGGACCAGUUUUAGAUGAAGAAAAACCAAAGCAUUUCUCUAAUCGCAAGGACUAACAAUUUCUUUAAGAAAUUGAUAAGAAUUUCUGUAAACACAAUUAUUUUUCUGUGCCUACCAAGACAUCUUCUGACCAGGAGGUCCCUUAAUCUGGCAUUCAGAAGCAGCAGCAGCAGCCAUGUUGUGGUAUUAAGUGGGAGCACUUGACUGGUAGUCAAACCAAUAAAAGGGUCUUUGCUGCCUGUGCUGUCAGAAAUAUUUGCUACUGAUUUGACAACGAACGAACCUUUGAAAAAAAGAUCAAAUCGGCUGAAAGAUCCUAGAUUCAUCUUUUGGCACUGUGAGUUUCUAUGGCUCUUGGUCCAUCAUGGGAUGGCCUCACUGGCCAUGAAGUUUGCUUGCAUGGCAAGCAAUUGCUUCAGCAGACGUGGUCCAUGCUUUAGUUGAACCUCUCCGAUCAUGUUAGCACGAUCUAUUCGUAAUGAGGAGAUGUCAGAGGGGACCUGAUUGUCUUGCUUUUUGGAGCAGCAAUUGUUGAUUGUCAAGUAUAUGGGAGCUAUGAUCUUGUUGACAUGCCGCUGAUGUUAUUCAAUGUGGCUUGAAAGUACUCAUCGAAGAUCUGUGCUGCUACUACGACGGAGCUGCUAGCCUGGCUGCAGUUGCAUUUUGAGGAUGCUGUGCAUAUAUUUGGAAAGUGCAUGGGCAUUUUUUUAUCAGUUGCUUAUUUAUUCAGAUCUACCAGGAAACUACCUUUUUCAUUUUUUAUAAAAAGAAAUUUAUAGAAAAAGUACAUGAUUGAUUUGUACAAGAAAAAUCUACUAGUCAACAGGUAUAAAGGAUGCUUUUGGAACAAUUUUGUACAUACAAGAUUCAGCAAUAGAUGAAGAAUUCUUUCUUUUGCA